AUGACCCUUAAUUCAUUCCAUAACGCCUACUGUACCUUCCGUGUGGCAUCCGCAGAUGGCUACAGUGAUGAUGAGCGUAUAAUUUCGGUUGGCGGUGGCAUUGGGGGUGGCGGCGUGCAGGAGUGUUAUCGGCUGCUGUUCGGGGGCGGUGGCGUUGCGGGUGGCGGCGGGCAGGAGGGGUGCUGGCUGCUGAGUGGGACCGGUGGCGGCGGUGUUGGCUUGAGUGCGCCUUUUCUUCUGCGGAGGAAGGGCCACGGUGCUGGCGUUUCCGGAGCUGCAGACGCUCUCUCAGAAACGCGGUCGUAUCACAGUGCACUGACACACACCGCCGCUACCCCCUCGGUUAACGGUGCUGCAACGACUGCCGGAGCCGCCGCCGGCGGUGGUGGCGGCGCCGGUGGCGGGGGCGACACAUCCACAAGCGGGGCCUGGUCAUUGAGCCGUACAGGCAGCGGUGGCGUGGCGCCCGCCAUCACAGGUGGCGUGACGGUGUAUCCUGAGGUGUCGUACAUACGAACACCGUACGGCGAGGCGGCGGAGUCCCCUGGCGAAGUGUUUUUCUUCAAUUACGGUGUCGUGGCGUUUUGGGGUAUGACGGAAGCUCAGGAGCAGUUGCUGCUGGCGGCGGUGUUGAAGACGCAGGGAGUUGCCGUACGACUGUUGGAUGAGGACGAGCGCCAGGUGGAGGAGCUGCUUUUUGUUUACACCAGGGAUUCUCCACCCAACAUAAAAAACGACACCUUCACCAUUGACAUUCGUCUGGCGGCUAACCACCAGGUCAAAAUGGCCAUCAGUCAUGCUCUGGCCCAAUCUUCCAAAUUGGCGGUGUACGAGAAGCAGAUGGUUGAUCUAAUUGGGGAGGUUCGGCAUGUCCCCCGGGAAAUGGCUGAUCGGGGCCGCAUUUCCCUCAGCAGCAGCAAGGUAGCGAAGCUGAUGGGAGAGGUAUUCCUGCUCAAGGCCGCAGUCAACCUGAACGCCACCAUGCUGGACACCCCCGAGUUCUUCUGGCGGGCACCCGACCAGUUGCAGUCACUGUACGAACGGGCUUGUGAGUAUCUGGACCUCUCAACACGCCUUGACAUGCUGAAUACUCGAUUCAUGGUCCUGCAGCGCAUGUUGGACAUCUGGUCGGACCACUCCGCCCACCAGAACCUGGCCAGGCUGGACGUCAUCAUCGUGCUGCUCAUCCUCGUGGAGGUGGUGAUGGCCGCCAUGGAGGUGUUGGGUUUCUUCAUGCGGCGGAGAGGCUGGGAGUGGCAGGGUCCCAAACUAGGGGAUGUGCUGCGGGGGCCAGUAGCGGGAAGCAGCGGCAGUAGCGGUAGUGGGGUGCAGAGGCUGGGGAGGUUAUUGUUGGGGGGGGACUUCCUGGGGGCCUGGGGAUGGGGAUAG